CCAAGCUAGCUCGUUUUCACUUGCAUUGCACCUUCACAAAUUUCUUCUGUGACCACAAUCCAAUCCUGGUGUAAGGUUAAUAACAUAAACAUGGCCGCAAGGAAGUCUUCAGUUGCUAUUGCUUUGCUUCUCGCCAUGUCAGCAAUUGUGACAGAAUGUCGUGUUGCGAGGAAGGAUUUGGGAAUUGAUCUUGGAGGGAUAGGCCUUGGAGUUGGAGCAGGGUUGGGCCUGGGCUUAGGUGGAGGUGGAGGUGGGAGUGGGAGUGGGUCCGGGUCUGGAUCAGGAUCCGGAUCCGGGUCUAGUAGUUCGGCUUCUUCAUCAGCAUCCAGCUCAGCAAGUUCCGGGUCUGGUGGGGCCGGGUCAGAAGCAGGGUCAUAUGCAGGAUCCUAUGCUGGGUCUCGGGCUGGGUCUGGAUCGGGAGGCAGUCGUGGUUCGGGUUCCGGACGUGGUGAAGGAUAUGGGAGGGGAUCCGGCGGGGGUGAUGGGUCAGGAUCGGGUGAAGGUCAUGGAGAAGGAUACGGAGAAGGCUACGGCAGGGGUGAAGGAAAUUGAGUUCAUCAUAAAAUAUUGUUAGCCAAAAAUUAAAAUUAAAACAAAAUAAACUAAAAAUAAAUAAUAAAUGUCUACUUCACCACCACCUUUUGCAUGUAAAUAAGUGGGCGGUGAACUUGAGUCUCGAUAUUAUUGUGCUUCUUGGUAAGUUACAUGUUUCUUGGUUAAGGUUACAUGUUUGAAGUAUGUUAAAUUAAGUGCAUAAUAACUAGCCCGCUAGUGUUGUUGUAA